UGUUCCUUCCCUGGCACACCUGUGUCUGCAUUCCUUCUAUCUCCCGGCAUUCUCCACUCCUGUCUCUGUGUGUUUAAAAACCGGUGUGGGAAGUGUGCACGCCUGUGACAUCAGACUCCAGAGCAUGUAUUUCCUGACUCCCAUCUUGGUAGCCAUUCUCUGCAUUUUGGUUGUGUGGAUCUUUAAAAAUGCCGACAGAAGCAUGGAGAAAAAGAAGGGGGAGCCUAGAACCAGGGCCGAAGCUCGCCCCUGGGUGGAUGAAGACUUAAAAGACAGCAGUGACCUGCACCAAGCAGAAGAAGAUGCUGAUGAAUGGCAAGAAUCAGAAGAAAAAGUUGAACACAUCCCCUUCUCUCAUACCCACUAUCCCGAGAAGGAAAUGGUUAAGAGGUCUCAGGAAUUUUAUGAACUUCUCAAUAAGAGACGGUCAGUCAGGUUCAUAAGAAAUGAGCAAGUCCCAAUGGAAGUCAUUGAUAAUGUCAUCAGAACGGCAGGAACAGCCCCGAGUGGGGCUCACACAGAGCCCUGGACCUUCGUGGUUGUGAAGGACCCAGACGUGAAGCACAAGAUUCGAAAGAUCAUUGAGGAGGAAGAGGAGAUCAACUACAUGAAAAGGAUGGGACAUCGCUGGGUCACAGACCUCAAGAAACUGAGAACCAACUGGAUUAAAGAGUACUUGGAUACUGCCCCUAUUUUGAUUCUCAUUUUCAAACAAGUACAUGGUUUUGCCACAAAUGGCAAGAAAAAAGUCCACUACUACAAUGAGAUCAGUGUUUCCAUCGCUUGUGGCAUCCUGCUAGCUGCCCUGCAGAAUGCAGGUCUGGUGACUGUCACUACCACUCCUCUCAACUGUGGCCCUCGACUGAGGGUGCUCCUGGGCCGCCCCGCACAUGAAAAGCUGCUGAUGCUGCUCCCCGUGGGGUACCCCAGCAAGGAGGCCACGGUGCCUGACCUCAGGCGCAAACCUCUGGACCAGAUCAUGGUGACAGUGUAGGCAGGGCCCCCCAAGGGAGUGGCAGGGAGAUGGCGCCCCUGCUUUUCCCUGAGCCUCUUGCCUGCUCCUCUUGGGUCUCUUGGCUGCUCUUUCUCCAGGUGUCAGGUCCCCUCAUUGCUCUUCUCAGGUGGCCACACUAUAUCAAGAAGCCUCUCCACACUCUGUGGCACUUCCAGUCCCAUAAGUCCUGUUUCUUAUCCACUUUGGAAAUGCAUGAACACUUUACAAAGAACAUGCCCUGGUUUUUACAUUUUAAAAGUUAUUCUAGACAAUCACUAUUGGCUUUUUUCUUUUAUUUUUAAAAAACUCACAUAGAGGAGACAAUCAGAAAUUUACCAUAGUCCCAAGAAUUCAGCUAUAUGAUGACUCGAAUUUAAAUUUAGAUUAAUCAAAUGGUCUCCUGUUCUCUGAUUUCUGGUGGCUUUUAGACACUAAUUUUUGAGAACUACUUUUUUUUUUUUUUUUACCAAACUUCAGGGACACUCUGCUAGUUUUGAAUAAGUAACCAUCAAAGUUACUAAAACAUGGCCAGGCGCAGUGGCUCAUGCCUGUAAUCCCAGCACUUUGGGAGGCCGAGGUGGGCAGAUUGCCUGAGCUCAAGAGUUCGAGACCAGCCUGGCCAACAUGGUGAAACCCCAUCUCUACUAAAAAUACAAAAAAUUACCUGGGCAUGCACUUGUAAUUCCAGCUACUCAGGAGGCUGAGGCAAGAGAACAGCUUGAAUCCGGGAGGUAGAGAUUGCAGUGAGUCAAGAUGCUGAGAUGCCAUCACUGCACUCCAGCCUGGGCAACAGAGCGAGAACCUGUCUCAAAAAAAACAAAAACAAAGUUACUAAAAUGUCACCUUCACAGAACAGGACAGGGUACCCUUGGGUCGCACGGGCCUGGCUGGCAUGUAAACGGUCAGUUGCACUGCCUAGUGGUUUGGUAGAUCUGACUUGUAAGUAGUUCAUAGAAGCUGCUCAAUACUCAAGAAUCUUGCAAGACAGUUAUUAAACAUUCAUAGCUUGAAAUUGCCCAUGGUGGGAGAAUUUACAUCAAAACCACUACAAAUCAGCACUUGCUUUCUUUUUCUUAAAGAGAGCUGCUUACCAUACAUAGCACCCACAGUGUCUCCCUUCUCUUCUAGCCCACCCCCUGAAACACACUGACCCCUAUUCUCCAGAUGAUAGCACAGCUGUUUGGGACUGAUAGGGUCACAGGUGCCAGGUUGGGAAUGCUAGAUGUAGUCUUCACCCAUCACCUUCUGUCAUCCUCCCAGGGGUGUCAUAUUUACAGAGGCAAACUCUUACAGCUUGGAUGAUUUCUCAUCAAGCAACUCUACUCACCUCUUUUUCCCCUUUCCCUGUGCGUUUCUUCUUCUUGUCCUCAUUUUCCUUGAGAAAACUCUCUCUAUAAAAAAUUUCCAUAGAGUAUGUGGCUGAUAAACAACAGAAAUUUGUUUCUCACAGUUCUGGAGGCUGGAAGUCCAAGGUCGGGGUGCCCUCAUGGUCAGGUGCUGGUGAGGACCCUGAUCUGGGUUGCAGACUGCUGACUUCUCAUUGUGUCCUCAUGUGGUAGAAAGAGGGUUAGAGCCUCUGGCCUGCCUUUUACAAGGGCACUAAUCCCAUCAUGAGGCCCCACCCUUAUGACCUCAUCACCUCCCAAAGGACUCCCUCCUAAUACCAUCACAUUGGGGGUUAGGGUUUCAACAUAUGAAUUGCGGGGGACACAAACAUUCCGUCCAUGGCACCUACUUCAUAGGGUUUGGCAUGCUGCUCGGUACAUGGUUAACAUUCAUAAAUGGUGGGGGCCCUUACUGUGGUAGACACCAUUGUCAUUGCAAGGCAGCCCUGCUUGGGAUUCAGGUGAACAAAUGUAACAUGGGUGGGUGAGGGACUCCCUCCUCUUCAGAGAAGCCCUCCUGUGGCUCAGGGGCAGCUGCAGGGCCAGAUGGAGUUGGCCUGCAGGGAGUCAGCCUUACCCCAUCAGAGACCAACUUGAAAGAUUUUUUUCUCUGUGUAGUUGAUGUUAUCAAUCUGAUCUGCAGCCAGGUUAUUUACUUCUGAAGCAUUGGAGUUAUCGAUUGCCAUUGCCCCAUGGUUCUCACUCUUUGCAGGCACUCUUUAAAUUUUUAUUUUAAAAAUUAUAAUGCAAACAUCUGGCCAUCACCUUAACCAAGUGACAAAGUCCUAGCACACCAUUAAUGGUAGGAUAACUGACAUUAAGUGUUCCUGCUGGGAUGCAUUAUGAAGUAUUCCUUCCAAAGAUGUCAAUGGAAACUAAUCGAGUCUUACACCUAACUUUCAGUUUACAGUAAAUACAGAGGAUAAAGAAGUUAAUGGCAUGGUGGAAUAACCAAAAUGUGUAUCAUUCUACAAAAAAUAGGCCUGGACUAUUUAAGGAGCGAGUGUCACUGUGGGAAGAAUACGAGGGGGACUGUCUUGUCCUUGCUACUCAAAGAGUGGUCCUGGGCCUGUAUCAUCAUUGGGACCACCUGGGCGCUUGUUAGAAUCAAAGACUCUCAGGCCUCACUUAGACAUCCAGAAUCAAAAUCUGUGUUUUAACAAGAUACCCAGGUGAUCUGCAUGCCUGUUAAAGUCUGAGCUCUGUUUCAGAUAACCAAAGACCCAACAACCAAAGGCAAAGCAUAAGCCUUGAUUGGAUUUUGGUUUAGGAAAAAUCUCAUAGGUAUAAAAGACAACUGGGAAUGUUGAAUGUGGAUCUGGUGGUAGGUGAUAUUGUUAGUGAUGUGAGUGAUGCCUGCUGAAGUCCUGAGAGAUGAAGCAUCAUAUUGACAACUUACUCCAGGAAAAAAGAAGGUGUGUGCAUAUGUGUGUGUUCGGAGAGUGUGAGCGAGAACUAACAUGGUAAAAUGUUAGGUGGAGCAUAUACAGUUCUCAUUAUACUCUUAUUUUAAAUUUAUAUUUGAACACAGUCAAAUCUGAAUGGAAAUACAUUUAAAUAAGCAUUUCUUUCAGUCAUAUAAAUAAUUUGCCUAAAAAUGCCCUCUAAGUCCAUCAUUAGGUUAAGUGAUUUACUGAAGGUGCAGAUAUCAUGCUUAUUUCACUGGGUUGUUUUGGAAUGUCCCCCAGUUGGAGAGUUUGAGGAAUGGAAAUGAGAAUCGGAGGAGAAAUAAGGCCAGAGGCUCACAUUGCUUGCAGGGAACCGACUGAGUAAUCAAGAAGAGGAAGGAAGCCCUUGGAAGGAACGUAAAAUCCAUUUCAGCCUGCUGCCCCUUGGAAUGGAGGAUCUUCUAGGGACCAGAAACACCAGACACUUCUUCUGCCCCAAGCACACCCCACACUAAUUUCUGCUGCAGCAUCACGAUCAGGGCAAAUCAGCACAGCCCCCCAGCCAUCAGUGGUGUCUAGAAAAGUAAGGAUAAUUUUCUUCCUUCUCUCUGCAGCCCCAAGCUCUUAUUAACCUCCUUUUAUGUGUUCAUUAAAUGCAGUCAUGUGACAACUGUGUUCAAAGUUAGAAAUAGUGGUCUGCGAGGCUUAUAGAUCCUCUUGCUGUUCUGAGGCCUUAAAACCAAAAAAAUAAUGGAAUGAUUGCAUCACUGCGAGGAAGUAUACUUAAUUAAGAAAGUUGAAAAUGGUUUGUGUCUUACUAAUAGGACUCACCUGAAGACUCUACUUUGCCAAGAGGGAAUUUUUAACUCAAAGCUGUGUUAGCCAGCACGGGGUAGAGCCAUGGUCCUCAUACUUGCUGGCAUCACGCAUCUAGUGGUCUGUUAAAGCACAGAUUGCUUGGCCGCACCCUCAGGGUGUGUGAUUCAGUAGGGCUGGGUGGUGCCCAAAUGCUCCAGUUCUAAUGUAUUCCCAGGUGUUGCUGAUGCUGGUGAUUGGGUACCACAUUUUGAGAACCAUGGGGCAUUGGCAAUCAACAAAUGCAAUGCUUGUGACUUGACGUGAUAAAAGUUCAUUUAUUGGGCAGGCAAAGUCCUCUGCAGGCCUGGAAACCCUCCGAGACAAUUACUUGCAUGGGGUAGCCCAGUAAUACCGUGGGAUGCACCUUCUAGGGCAUGGCGGCCUCCUUCCUAGAGGCAGCAGGGGGAGAAAACACUGGAAGAGGUCACCCCAACAAUUCCAUCCUACCUUGGCCUAGGAGUGACCUCCUCAGUCUCACAACCCUUUGGCUAGAACUAGUCAUGUGACCUCACAGGAGGUGGAGCAGUGUCGUCAAUGUUAUCAUCCCCCUGCACCUGCAAGGAAGGAGGCCCAGAUGUGUGUAGGUGCUGGAUGUCUCUUCCCCAAAACACAUAACUCUGAAUUUGGAAAAUAAAACUGGAUAUAACAAAAAAGAAAAGGAGGGGAGAAGGAAAGUUGAAGAAAUCGGUGAAAUCAGAAUAGGACAGUGAAAGGCAUAAAGAUUUUCUUCUGAAACACUAAGAUCGGUUGAUAUUUGUCUAAUACAGCUUUAAAUAGAGUAUCACUUUGGGCCAAAGAAAAUUGAUACAAACAUACAUAAAGUGGAACUAAGAUUGACUUCUUCCUAGACAUCUCUGCCUCUGUCCACAAAAUGGAAACUUCCAUCAAGGAGUACUGGAGGACAGUUCAGUAUUUCUUCUUAUUUGCUCCUCCCUAUGAAAGGAAGAGUGACUUAUCUGCUGCAUGAAAUUGGGGGUAAAUAGUUAUUGCACAUUUGCUCAAACCCCAGCAAAGUGCACCCCAUUUUAAGCCAAAUUUACAAACUGGGGAUGAUUCACCUUACAAAGAUGAUCCACCAAUAGGUUUCUCUAUUUACUUUAUUCUUGCUCUGUCACCCAGGCUAGAAUGCAGUGGUGUGAUUAUAGCUCACUGCAGCCUCCAACUUCUGGACUCAAGUGAUCCUCCCACCUUAGCUUCCCAGGUAGCUGGGAUACAGGUGCACGCCACCACACCUAGGCUAGUUUUUCUAAAUAUUGGAGUUCCCAAAGAGUAUUCAAACUGAUGUGAUAUUUUAAAAGACAUUUUGUAAGCAUCUUUUAGGAAUAUCAGUAAGUGGAAGAAAAACACAUAGUUAUCAGUGGAUAUUAUGCCAGAGAGGCAUGAGAAAUAUAAUUUUAUUUUGCUAGGUAUCAGCAGAGUGCCCUCUUAUAAUUUGUGUGAAAUGGAAACAAAGGUAACAUCGUGUUUUCAAUUCACACAUAUAUACAAGUAAUGAGAGGUCCAGAAGAAAUGUGGCUUCAGCUCUGCUGCUACUGUGCCUCCCUUCUCCUGCCCCACUCAGCCCACAAAAAAGGCUGGACACUCAAAAAACGCUGCGUUUAUCUACCUUUUAGAGAGGGUGAAUAGCAGAGAACUGGAGGUGGGAAUGGUAAGGAACUCCCAGCAGGGUAGUGGAGGGAAAGGGCUGACGCAUCUAAGGCUGAUGCCAGGUCCGCUCCCUAUCUGGGUGGCCUCAGCAAAUGACGUCCAGGACAUCCAGGGGCAGGCUCAAGGGAGAACAGCCCCCAAAGCUAAGAUCCUGCCAAGCUAAAUACAGUAGUUCUAAUGAAAUGUGAGAGGCUAUAAUCCCAUUUGGGAAAUUCCUAAAAAGUCACGAGGCAGGGGAUUGGUUUAUGUUAUUAUCAUGACCUGAGAGUCAUGGCUGAGAGCCAAAUGUUCAGGAUUGAAUUCAACAGCAUUUAAAUGUCUUUAGAGUGGGAUGGAAAUAUGUUAGCAAUGCCUGCAGAGUGCCAAGUAAACGCAAAAGCCAAUGAGAUCAUAAAGGAAGUUGUUAGCUAACCUAGGUGGAGUCGCCAACUUCCUUCUACUCUAAUAAUUAAAAAUAAAAAUAAUACUUGGGAGGUAACUGGAAUAAAGGUUCUAAAAUCAAAACCCUCUGAAGGGUGAAAACUGGGAGGCUCCUGUUCCCAUAGUAACCACGGCACUCAGGGCACUGUCUCCCAGAGCUGGAGCACUGUCUUAUGACCCGAGAUCCUAAGCAACUUCUGCUCAUCUGAGUUAUCCACCAUAUUGUGGGCAUGAGUCCUUGACAAUAGUAAAUAGUACCUCUGUUCCCUUAUUGGGUAAAUGAUUUUCCAACUCUGGGAAUGUGUAGAAUUCAUUAUGGAAAUAAUGCAAUAAUUCAAAUCCAUAAUAUUGAUACUUUCAUGUUAAGUUUAGGAAUAAUCUUGUGUAUGCUCCUUAAGUGAUUUGAAUCUUUAAAAAGCUUAUGAUUCCAAUUUGAAAUGUGAAAUUGAUUUUAAGUUUGUGAUUUGAAGUUGAAAGGUAUAAGAAUAUUUAACUUAGCUCAUGAAAAGUAUUAGACUAGAUUUACUGUAAAUUUAAUGUAUUAGAUUUACAAGAGAUGCUUAAAUAUAUGAGAAUGUUUUGUCUUAAUUGGUUAUAACCUUGUCAUAGCAAUGAUUUGAAGUGCUAAAAUAGAAAAUUAAAUAUGAUAAAUUACACAAGAAGUUUAGAAUGUUUAAAAGAUUUUAAUAAACAAAGCCUAUAACUAAGACUGA